CUGGCCCGGGAGAGAGACGCCGACCCGAGCCGAGCGAGCUGGCGGCUGGGGCCAUGGCGGGCGGGGACGGGCGGGAAGACGGCGAGGCGGCGGUAGUAACGGUGAGGGUGCAGUACUUGGAGGACACGGACCCCUUCGCCUGCGCCAACUUCCCGGAACCCCGCCGGGCCCCUACCUGCACCCUGGACGGGGCGCUGCCACUGGGCGCCCAGAUCCCCGCGCUGCACCGGCUGCUGGCGGCGCCGCUCAAGAUGGAAGACUGUGCCCUGCAGGUGUCCCCAUCUGGAUAUUACCUGGACCCAGAUCUGUCCCUGGAAGAACAGCGAGAGAUGCUGGAUGACUUCUAUGAAGAGAUUGGCAAAGGGAGGAAGCCCACCCUGAUCCUGAGAACCCAGCUCUCCAUCCGAGUCCAUGCCAUCCUAGAAAAGCUCUAUAGAUCCAGUGGGCCCGAGCUGCGACGUUCACUCUUCUCCCUGAAGCAGAUCUUCCAGGAGGACAAGGACCUGGUGCCAGAGUUUGUGCACUCGGAGGGCCUGAGCUGCCUGAUCCGCGUCGGGGCCGCCGCGGACCACAACUACCAGAGCUACAUUCUUCGAGCCCUGGGCCAGGUGAUGCUCUUCGUUGAUGGGAUGCUGGGUGUGGUGGAACACAGCGAAACCGUGCAGUGGCUCUAUACGCUCUGUGCCAGCGUGUCUCGCCUGGUGGUAAAGACAUCCUUGAAGCUCCUUCUGGUGUUUGUGGAAUAUGCAGAAACCAACGCUCAGCUCUUCAUCCACGCUGUCGAUGCUGUCGCCAAUGCCACUGGUGCCCACCCAUGGGCCACCUUCGUGUCCAUCCUGGAAGAGAAGAAUGGAGCUGACCCAGAGUUGCUGGUGUUCACCAUGACACUGAUCAACAAGACACUGGCAGCCCUUCCUGACCAAGACUCAUUCUACGAUGUGACAGAUGCACUGGAACAACAGGGCAUGGAGGCCAUUGUGCAGAAGCACCUGGGAAGCCCAGGCACAGAUGCCGACCUUCGGGCACAGCUUGUCCUCUAUGAGAGUGCCCUGCGGCUAGAGGAUGGGGACCCUGAAGAGGGGGUCCCCGGUGGGCGGAAGGAGCGCAGGAAGCCAUCCUCAGAGGAGGGAAAAAGGAGUCGGCGUUCCUUGGAGGGGACAGGAUCUGGCAUCAGUUCCCCUGCCAGGGCAAGCUGCCCUAUCCUGCCCCAUUCCAAGCCUCCUGUGGAAGCUCACCCUUGCCCCAUAGGACCAGCCCCCUGCCUCAGUUCCUCAGUGGUCUCGUUUCCCAGCCCCACUGUGGUCCCCUCUAUCGAUGUACUAGGUGAAAGGAGCAUCUAUAAACUUCAUCAAACUGUUCCUCUUUGGGCCCCUGAGAGCCCUCCCGUCCCUGGGGUCCCGCCUGUGCUGAGCAGGUUGGAAGCCCGUUUCCUGGAGAACAUAGCCGCAGCGGAAACAGAGAAGCAGGCUGCUUUGGCCCAGGGUCGGGCUGAGGCUCUAGCCGAGGCCAAGCCAGAUGAAGCUGACGGACACCCAGACCCCCGAGAGCUGUGGAGCACCCCAGAGCCAACCCCCACCCCCCCACCCCCUAGCACCCCAAGAAGCCCACUUCCCCGACCCCUGAUCUUAGCCCAGCGAAGCCUGGAGUCUGAGGUCCUGACCCCAGAGGCUAAGGUCACCUCAGAGCCACCCGCACCCCAACCUUCACUCCGAAUUGGAGAUUUGGACUUCUCAGACCUAGGGGAGGAUGAAGAUCAGGACUUGUUGGCCACUGAGUCAGCUGGGGUUGGAGAUGUCCUGGCACCACCACCCCUCCCUGGGAAUCCUCCACCUCCACCCCCUUUGCCCCUAGGAUGCCCCCCACCACCACCACCACCACUGCCACCCUUCGGAGGGGCACCCCCACCUCCCCCCCCCGCCGGGGACAGACGCCCGCUUAGGUCCGGACACGUCCGCUUCCAGGUGGACUUUGAGAUGCUGGCCGAGAAUCUGGGGCAGCUGGAGCGGCGGAGCCAGGUGGCCGAGGAGAAUCUGAGGGACCUGACUAAGCACGAUCUGACGCCCGCCCUUCGGGCCCGCCUCACCCACUUUCUAAGCCAGUGUGCCCGGCGCAUUGCCACGCUCAAAGUGGUGCACCGACGCGUGUGCAACAGGUUCCGCGCCUUCCUGCUCUACUUGGGGUACCCCGCAGAAGUGGCCCGCGAGAUUCGGGUGAUGCCGUUCUGCCACACGCUUCACGAGUUUGCGCUGGAGUACCGGACGUGCCGGGAGCGCGUACUCCAACAGCAGCGGAAGCGAGCCACAUACCGGGAGCGCAACAAGACCAGGGGGCGCAUGAUCACCGAGACAGGGAAGUUCUCCUCCAUGGCGGAGGCGGCCUCCGGCCUUGAGACCGUGCCAGUGGCAGUGACCGGCGGCCCGGACCAGGGGGACCAGGACACGGACAUCACCAUGCGGAGCCUGCUGAGCAGCGGGCCCGAAGCCCCGACCCACAGCCGGAGGAGCCGAGGUGUGCCCCGGAACACCCCCGCAGGCGCCCCGGCGGCAUCCCCAACAGCCUCCCCGGAGGAGGCCCCCGGCCCCGGCGCUCCCAGCGAUGUGUCGGAUGAGAUCAUGGACAGGCUGGUGCAGUCGGUGACCCGGUGCAGGCCCAGAGCCCUGGCUGCCCAGGAGCGAAAGCGAUCUCGGGGCAACAGAAAGUCCUUGAGAAGGACGCUGAAGGGCGGCCUUGGCGAUGACCUGGUGCAGGCACUGGGGCUGAGCAAAGGGCCUGGCCUGGAGGUGUGAGGGGGAUCCCCUGCUCCAUCCCCACCCCCAGAGCCUCCCUCAACCUGGCCCAGAGCCUCCAGAGGAGCCCUUCCCCAGCCAUUUCAUCACUCCAUGUGUGUGCCACGAGGGCCCGGCAUCCUGAGCAGUAUUACUUGUGUGUGUGCCUGUGUUUGGUGUGUGUGCGUGUGAGACAUUCCCAGCCGGGAAGAAUAAAAUAAAGGUAUUUCUAACCAAA